AUGCCUCCAUACCAGUUACUUCUAGCAGAAGUACUCUUCGGGGCGACAGUAAUCAGUGGCUUCGCGCUUUUUCUCGUCCGGCAGUCUCAACAGCAGAAGAUAAGCUUGCCGACUACCCAAGACGCUAGUUUGACCGGUGAUCUGAACCAGGAUGAUCCUUUUAAUGUGACCAAACCGGAAGAUUUUAUCAAUGGAGAACCAAUCGACGAAGAUGCGUUCUGGCUCAAAAUGCGCAACAGGAAAUCACUGCUUGUCUUGCUUUCAGCCUUGAUCCUUGUGCUCGAGGGCGUUUCCCUGGGCUGGUCGGCCUACCCAGAUGAUCAAAAUACGCUUCCAGAACAUAUAUUUCGGACUAUGUUUGGACUCUACGUCGGCGUUCUAGUUAUUCGUUCUGUUACUCCGGAUCGUCAUUCCGAGUCGGUGAUACAUAUCACUGCCUUGACCUUCCUCUCCUCGGUCCUUCACUUCGUCAACGUCUGCGGCCUUCCGGGCGCCUCUGUGAUCGAUUAUCUGUUUUUCCGUUACGUGACGCGUGUCAUUCAGCUUGGAACUUCCGUUUCGGUCGAAAUUGGCGACUUGCCAAUCCUUCCGGCUAAUAUGCGAGCGACUUAUCAGUUCUAUAGGAUGCGCAUGAAUCUUCGUGCAAAUCCUCUCAAGCCAGGAUGGGACCUCGCUUGGCGCCUCAUCAGUAUCAACAAGCUCGCAUUUACUGCAGAAGUAAUCUUGGCUGCCGCAGCUGCUCCUAUGUGGUUUGGGUCCCCGUUCUUCGUUCGCAAGCUCAUCGCAUACCUGGAAGACGAUCCUGACCGCCUUAAUAAAGGAUGGGGAUGGGUAUAUGCUUUCGGACAGUUUGCUUCCCUUAUUAUUGUCGCGCAGCUCAACUCUCAAAUGUGGUACUAUGCAACUUCCGUUCUCCAAAUUCGCUUGCGGGCGCAGCUCAAUACCAUGCUUUUCGCAAAAACCCUCGUUCGGAAGGAUGUUGUGUCUUCUGGUACCUCCGCGUCCGACGAGAAAACUGAUAAAAAAUCAAAAACUGCGGACGGAGAAAACAAAGACAAGGAAGAGGAAGAGAAUGAAUUUUCGAGCAAAGCCCAGGUCAUGACUUUGAUGACUACUGAUGUUGAUCGAGUCUCCGAGUUUUCUUACCAUCUUUUCGCCAUUACGGAUUCCCCGAUCGAGAUUAUUGUAGGGACGACGUUGCUCUACAGCAUGCUUGGUGUCUCGUGCUUCAUUGGUCUUGCGGUGAUCUGUCUCUUCUUGCCAUUGAAUCAUCUGGCAGGUAAAAUAGUGAUCACUACACAGGACAAUCUGAUGAAAGCCAGGGACGAACGGGUCUCACUCAUGAACGAGAUACUGGGUGGCAUCCGCAUGCUAAAGUUCAUGGCAUGGGAGCGCAGCUUCGAAAAGCGCGUGAUGAAAAUUCGUGAGAGAGAACUGAAAUACCAAAAGUUGACCUACAGGAUUGAGGUCGUGUUCUCUGCUAUCUGGGAGGCGUCUCCUCUCAUUGUCACCCUAGUUUCUUUCUGGCACUUUGCAGUGUGGCUUUUCAACGAAAUGCGUUUUGCGAUGAACGCACUCCCAGAAACUUUCAUUAAUAUGCUUCAGGUCCACGUUUCCCUCAAGCGGAUUGGGAAGUACCUCCAACUAACCGAGGUGGCGCCUAUACCUCCACUCUCGGCUGCACCAGUCAUUAACACCAUUACUGUUCAAUCUGCUAACAUCACAUGGCCUCAUGAUCGUUCUGCGGACUCAUCGGCAGCUUCUACGCCCCGGCAUAAAUUUAUGCUCAUUGAUCUUGCUCUGAAAUUCCCUGAAGGACAGCUUUCAUUGGUUUGUGGUAAGCUGGGCAGUGGAAAGACUCUGUUGUUGUUGGCUUUACUCGGCGAGGCGGACGUCCUCACCGGCCAGGUCAUUUGUCCGCGUUCACCACCAGACGCGCUUGCUUCCUUCGCCGUUCAGAAGGUCACACAGGAAGAAUGGAUAGUGCCUGGCGUUUGCGCCUACGUACCACAGGUGAGCGGGAGUGGUGUACGCUUAUCGCAAUCUUCAGACAAUAUCCUGUUCGGUCUACCGCUUGACGAAGAGCGAUAUCAUAAGACAUUAGAGGUCUGCGCGCUCAUAAGCGAUCUCAAGAUCCUUGAAGACGGAGACCAGUCCGAAAUUGGAGAGCGUGGCGUGAACUUGUCAGGUGGACAAAAAGCUCGAGUUUCCUUGGCUCGGGCUGUUUACUCCCGAGCAUCCAUACUGUUGCUUGAUGACGUUCUUUCUGCUGUUGACGCUCACACGGCUCAUCACAUCUACUUCGAGUGCAUUAAGGGAGAGCUGAUGCAUGGGCGAACGGUGAUCCUUGUAUCACACCAUGUCCAACUUUGCUUGACUGGCGCUUCGUAUGUUGUCGCUCUUGAUAACGGGCAUCUUCUAUUCGCUGGUGAACGUGAAGCCUUUGAAGCAUCUCCUGUGAAGGGGACAUUGGUGCAGACCAUGGGUGGCGCUGGCAAGGGUCGGGGCACGGCAAGCACUUCGAAGAGUCCAUCAGUAUCUGCAGGCGAUUCUCCCGUUGCCACGCUCGUGCAAGACGAUGUGGAACCUGACCCAAUAUCUGAGACGGGCUCCACCGUGGUCAAUGAGCCGCAAGCAAAUGUUGAACGGAAAGCACCUAGGAAAGUUGUGGAAGACGAGAAACGCGCUGUAGGGCGCGUUAGUCGUGAUGUCUGGGAACUCUAUGUGAAGUCGUUUGGCGCCCAAGGGUACUGGGCAUGGUUCUUGUUCGUUCUCGUGUUGGGUGCUCUCUGUCCUGUUGCCGAGAACUGGUGGCUUAAGAUAUGGUCGGGAUCGAGCAUAGAAGAGACCGAGGCUAAAGGACCGGUGUAUUACAUUGUCAUUUAUGCUGCAGUAAGCACGGCUCUACAAUUCUUCGUACUAUAUAACGGUUCUAUCCACGCGUCGACCGUUUUAUACCAACAACUUCUGGAAACUGUGUUGUUUGCGCAAAUCCGGUUCCAUGAUACCGUGUCGCGGGGGAGACUCCUGAAUCGAUUCGGGAAAGACUUUGAAGGCAUUGACAGUCGACUCGCGGAUCAUUUUGGUCGAAGUCUCGUCUUUGCAUUGUCUUUCAUAGUAACGGUUGCGUCUGUUAGUUUCGCAGGCGGUGUUCCAUCCGUCAUUGCUAUUAUUCUCUUGGGCUUCGUUUACUACGAUGCUGCUAGAGAUAUGCGGCGCCUGGACUCCGUGGCACGGUCUCCCCUUUAUUCGAUCUUUGGUGAAACCAUUGCCGGAGCACCUAUCCUUCGAGCUUUCGGUGCUUCAUCAAAGUUCUUGCGAGACAUGCUUCGCUGCGUCGAUACGGUGAUGAAUCGCUGGCUUUCCACCCGGUUCGACGUGUUGUCCGCUUCGACCGUUGGUGUGAUAGGUCUUAUCGCUGUUUCCACCCCAACCAUCUCAGCUGCGCUCGCUGGAUUCGCUCUCUCAUUUGCUGGAGGCAUGACGUGGACAGUGCGACGGUUCGUCGGCCUUGAGCAAUCUAUGGCUAGUACCUUAGCAUACUGUGUCGCCCUGGAGCGUGUCAAGGAGUAUUCGGAGCUUAAGCGCGAGCCUCCUGAAUACAUCGAGCCACGUCCGCCGGCUUCUUGGCCAGACCGAGGUACUAUCAAGUGCGAAAACUUGAUAGUCCGUUAUGCGCCUGAGUUGCCCGAUGUUCUUCACAACUUGAACUUCGAGAUCCACCCUGGAGAGAAGGUCGGCAUCUUAGGCCGCACGGGUUCCGGCAAGAGCACGCUUGCACUCUCGUUCUUCCGCUUCGUGGAGGCAACAGAGGGUUCCAUCAUCAUCGACGAUCAAGACAUCUCCAAAAUGGGACUUUCGGACCUUCGCAGCAAGCUUACCAUCAUUCCUCAGGACCCUACCAUCCUUAGUGGCAGUUUGCGAUCCACGCUGGACGUAUUCGACGAAUACGAAGACGCGGAAAUUUUCGAGGCUCUUCGACGCGUGCAUUUGAUUCCGUCUGAUACUGCCAAUGAUACUGUCGAAAUUGAAGGUGUCGAGGUCAAUGUUAAUGUUUUCCGAAACCUAGAGUCGCCAGUAUCGGAAGGAGGGGAUAACUUUUCUACGGGCGAGAAGCAGCUUCUAUGUAUGGCUCGAGCAAUCCUGAAGCGGACGAAAGUUUUGGUCAUGGACGAGCUCAUUGGAAAGACGAUCAGAGAAGAAUUUGCAAAUAGCACCAUCCUUACUAUCGCGCACCGACUGCGCACUGUCAUCGAUUAUGAUAGGGUGAUGCUCCUCGACCAAGGCAAAAUCGUCGAGUUUGACCAUCCUGCUGUCCUGCUUUCUGACCCCUCGUCGCAAUUCCAUGGGUUGUGCGAGGCAACGGGUGAGAAUGAAUUUGCGAUGUUGAAGAAUCUGGCUGGGGUAUGA